AUGGGCCAAUCUUCAAGUACAGAGUCCCCGGAAAUAGCAAAGUUCACUAAUGGCAAGCUCUCGCGGGGCGAGUUGGAGAAUGCAUUUAUCAGGGAUGCAACACGGUCAUUUCAGCCAAUUGAGCUGAUCUCGCUUCGAGAUAAUCUGGGUCUUAAAGAGUUGCAAGGAUCAACUGUUAUCACAGCGAGACAAUUGACCAACAUUAUCCAACUUCCGGAGACACCGGCGACGCAAGAUAUCACAAAAUGCUUUUGCUUCUUAGCUCGAUUUCCAAACUAUCGCACAGGCUCCGAUCUCAACGUUGCUGGGGUGCUUAAGGUAUUGACGAUACUAAACCCCGAGAAAUUUGCACAGCUAUUUGGUAAUAACACCCGCUACUUCCUCAUGCUGAUAUUUCUAGCCUUGAGUUUUGAUUCAAGUCACGAGCCAGACCCCGAUAAGUCGGAGAAAAUGGCUUCUUCAGAUGACCCAGUGGAUGUUGUUUACUUGCAUGAUAAGCUUCAAUGGAUGCUCAUUCCUCAAGUGCAAUCAUUUGACGGCAUUGAAUUCUCGCAAUACCCUUUACCGGCCUCAAAGCUCCUAAGGAUAUUGACACUGCUGCUUUACGUAGCACCAAUCAGUUUGGAGGUGAACCGCUCGCAACCUUUGGGAAAGCAAUUCCAGUUCGACGACAUAAGCUGGCUGGAGUACGAGAAGAAGGCAAUGAAUUUAUUGCGUUCGUUUGACUUGGAUUUGACAAGCUCCAACUACACAUCUAGAAAAAUUACAUUUGCUACAUUCGAGAAAAUCAUUGGUACUUCGUACUCCAACGGAACUAUGCCGAAUUUGCUUGUUCCAUUAUACCACUUGCUCGACUCGUUGCUUUAUAAUACAAGAGGGACUCUUCAUAACAUUGAAUUUGCAGAUUCUCGUAUUCUUACGCGUCCGAUGCUUUCACAGUUGGCUACCAUACUGCCUGAGGAGCUUGUUUUCACCAGACUCAAGAAACUAUUUGUCGGAGCAGAAUCUGGAUUUAGCAUGCGUUCCAUGGAAUCGAAAGUUUUUAAGUGGAAUGCUCCCACUAUACUCUUAGUUUCUGGUAAACUAAUUGAGAUGCAACCGUCAUCCAUGCCUGUCCCGAAAAACAAAAAAUAUGCCGCUUUUCUGACCGAAUAUCCUCGCUUUCACGCAUCAAACAACAAGUCACCUAAACCGCCCUCAGCCGAUGAUGACACAUAUACAUUCAUGGUUUAUCUACAAAAACCAUGGAAGAUCAGCAAUAGCGAAUGUUUCGGAGACGAACACUCCUUCAUUGCACAAUUAUCUCCCAGACAGAUUAUAUACCCGCCUUCUGCAUACGCACACAACUACGCCUAUUUCAACACGCUGGGGGGCGGCCUAGGCUUUGGUAGCAAGCCGCCACUCAUCAAAAAUAAUGUCCGGAUUUUCAAGCCAGGAGAAGUGUCGCUCACGAUUGAAGCUGCUAUGGAAAUUGCCAGCUUCCGUCACCUGGCUGUCCCAGGAACUUACAAAACAGGCUCAAUAUUUCCGCACGACGUGCCAGAGUUCGAAAUCAGCAUUAACAUCACCAACCUCGAAGUUUGGGGAUGCGGAUCGCAAAAAGAGCUCGAAGAACAGAAAAAAUUAUGGGAAUGGGAAAACAGGGAGGCAGAAGCAAGGAAGAAGCUCAAUGCGAUGCAUUGGGAUGAUGGGAAGGCGCUGCUUGAAAUGGCAGGUAUGAUAGGGAAACAUCAAAGCGGCGGUAGUGUGUGA